CACUCUUCAUAAAACCUCAAACCCACUUCCACUUCCAGUCACAAUGCCUCGCCGCUCUGCUCCCGCCGCCAAGGCCGCUCCCGUCCGCACUGCCGCCCCUGCGCCUGCCCGCACUGCCGCGCCUGCCCCCGUCGCUGCUGCCCCGCACCACCCCGCGCCCGUCCAGCACCACGCACCCAUGCCCAUGCAGCCCCAGCCCCAGCAGCCCGGCCUCUUUGCCCAGAUGGCCACGACUGCCGCCGGUGUCGCUGUCGGUUCCGCCGUUGGACACACCAUCGGCCACGCCGUCACUGGCAUGUUCGGCGGCUCGUCGUCGAGCCAGCCCGCUGCUGCCGAGGCCGCACCUGCACCCGUGGCACAACAAGCGCCCAUGUACAACAACAACAACAACUCGCAGGUGUGCUCGUACGAGCUCCAGCAGUUCCUCGACUGCAUCAAGACCCACGAUCGCGACAUUGGCCUCUGCUCGGGCUACUCUGACGUCCUCAAGCAAUGCAAGGUCUCCUAUGGCAUCAACUAAGGAAGCACACCCUACAAGAAGGUGAAUUUUGGUGCAGGCGCUUUUGACAGCUUUGCCAUACUCGUCACUGGAGGGGUUUUCAACCAUGGUUUAGCAACAUUUCUGUUUUGUCUGUCUUGCUCCACGUUUUGUUCUUGAUGGACCGUGUGGGCUGGUUGCUGAUUGCUUGUAAUUUCUCAUUGUUGCUUGUGUGCUGAUGUUUGUUUGGAGCGAUUCGUGUGUGUGUGUUUUAUCAUGGCUUAAAAAAUAUGAACAAUAGUAUUUCCCA